UUUUGUCUUCCAAUUUCCUCCUAUCCAUUUAUUAUUUAUUUAUUUACCUUUUUUUUUUGUUAAAUUCGUUAUUUUCUAUUUUUUAUCUUCCAUCAUCGUAUCUCUCUUUGUUUUGCGUUAAAAACUCGUUGCCUUUAAUAAUAAAGAGCGUUCUCUUGGAACACGCCAAUCAUUCACGAUACAAUCCACUCUCUUUGCGUCAUGUUCAUGCCGCUAGGUGAGCAAGUACAAAUGGGAAUCGUGCAGAGUGAAAACAUUUUUAAAAAAGUAAAAAAUAAAUAAAAAAUUUAUAAAUAUAUAUGGAACAUAAAAAUAACUGCGACGUCAAAAGAAUCUGAAAAAAUAGUUUUUAGUUGAGAUAAAAUUUAAUUUAACUUUUUUUUCUUUUAACUGGAAAACAAAAAAACUUUUUGUAUAUAAAACUCAUAACAAUAAUUUUUAGUGUAUCGAUUAAUAUUUUCUACUAAUAUAAUUAGAAAAUUUUAUGAAAAAACGUUUUUUUUUUACUGUUAUAAAAAAAUUAAUUUUAUUCAACGCCGGCCUGAUAUGCGCGCUUUAUGACGUCUGCGUUGCGAACCCUAAAUGGCUGUUUAUCGACCGGUGCAAAGAAGUUGAGUAAAGUCAAAGUAGAUGUCCUCGACUUCCACCGGCGUUGUGAAACGUGAGUGGUGAAAUGACUUUUCACCACGCGUCUCAAGAUUUUUAUGUCAGCUCCAUCUAUUAAGCAUCAUAAGAACUCGUUGAACAACUUAAAGUUUUUAGUCAAAAUUUAAGUUGAACGGCUAGUACACUAAAUAUGGCUACUUCAACUCAUCAGAUGUAGAGUGCUGUAUCACAUGGUUGUCGUUGUAUUUUUUUAAUUAAUUAAUAUUUGAAUUAAUAAUAAAAACAUCUGAGUGAAUAUAAAAUCAGUCAAAUAUGAAUUCUGAAGGUUAUGAGUUAGUGUCAUUCAUUACUCCUCCAGAUUUACGUCAAGCUGCUGAAGAAGCCCAAGAGGACAUACUACCAGCGUCGAAGAGAUUAUAUGAGAAAGCAUAUGAUAAAUUUAAUGAUUGGAGAAACGAACAUAAAACUAAGUCGGCAUCAGAAUCGAUACUAUUGGCGUAUUUUAAAAAAUUGGCUGAAAAUUAUGCGCCAACUAGUAUGUGGUCAAUUUACUCAAUGUUGAAAACUAUGAUUAACCUCAAGGAAAAAGUUGACAUUGGCAGGUAUGCUACUUUAACUGCUUUGUUAAAGAGAAAAUCAGAAGGACAUGUUUGUAAGAAAGCCAAUGUCUUGACACCUGAUCAAAUUAAUCAAUUUCUAUCAAAUGCUCCUGAUAAGGAAUAUCUACAUAAAAAGGUUGCAUUAAUUAUUGGAAUUAGUGGCGCAUGUCGAAAAUCUGAAAUAACUGAUCUGAAGUUUAGUGAUAUUAAAUCAGAAGGAGAUCUCCUUGUUGUUAGGAUUUACAAUAAAAAAUGUAAACGCGAAAAGUUUUUUACAAUUGGUGGAGAAUUCAGCCGCAUUGUCAAAAAGUACAUUGCUUUACGUCCCAAAAAAACUACCAAAGAUCGAUUUUUCAUGGCUUAUCGGAAUGGUGCAUGUAUUAACCAAGUUAUUGGCAUAAAUACAUUUGCGAAAAUACCACAACAAAUAGCAACCUAUUUAGGAUUAAAAAAUCCAUCAUCAUAUACCGGACAUACAUUUCGACGAAGCUCAGCAACUUUAGUUGCUGAUGCUGGAGCUAAUAUAACAACUUUGAAACGUCUUGGUGACUGGAAGUCAGCAGCAAUUGCAGAAGGAUAUGUUGAAGAAUCUGUUAAAAAUAAAGCCAGAAUUGGGAACAUUAUUGAAUCUGCUGUCAAUUUACCUUCUACGUCACAAAAAAAAAAUUAUGAAAUGCAUGCGAGUCAAGUAGCUAUACGGCAAAAAAUGGAUCCAGUAGUUGUACCAUCGACUUCACGGACAGAAGAUGAUGAUAUACACACGAGUAAAGUAAUCCAACAGCAAAAAGUUAAUACAGUCAUCAAUGUUGGACCAACUUCUUCCUCAGCAGCCGUUUCAUCUUCAAUGAAUGCACCAAUUUUUAAAUUUGAAAAUUGUACUGUUACUAUCAAUAACACUUACGUGAAAGAAAAUUAGCAUUAUAAUUUGUCAAAUAAAAUAUCUAAAAUCCAUUAUUUUUUAUACUAUGUACUGUUAUGUCAUGUAACCUUCAAAAUAAUUAAAAUUCAUUGUCAAAAAAUAAAUAAAUAAUAAUAAAUUGCUUAAUACAAAAUAACAAUAAAUUAAUUUUUGGAAAAAUUGACAUUUUUUUAAAGUCGAUGGUUUAUUGUAAUUUCGGGGAUGCACCGUGUCGCUAAACAGCCUCAGACUUCGCAUCGCAAAUUGUCAUAAAUCGCGAAAAUCAGGCAAUUGUUGAAUAAAAUAUAGUGCAUAGUAGGUUACUCAGAUAGUCUUUAUCCGGCGAGUGCAAUGAUUUCAGCACACGUCUCCGGGCCACAACACGGGCCUCCGGCCCGUGCAUGUGACCCUACGACUCGUGCUGAAAACAUUGCACUCACCACAUAAAGACUAUCUUAGUAACCUAACUAUGCAAUAUACUAUUUCCGUACGGGGUUAAAAAUUUUCCUUUAAAUUUAAAGCAAAUUACUUGAAGUUAUCAAGUUAAAACCAGUCAGAAAUUUAUGUAAAAUUAAUAAAUUUCCAUGGCAAUUAUCCUCGAAAAUUGAAAAAAAUUUCAACAGUGUAUUGAAAAUUAAAAUUUUUAAUUAUAAUUCGAUGAUUUAUUUAUUUACAUGUUUCAAUUUUUAUUUUUUUUGUUUGUA